AUGUCCAGGAAAGGGAGUCAAACCUGGUCACAACCUCUUCUUAGAAUUUCACGACAACAGGAUAAUCACCACUCAAGCACGCCGCGAGUUUCAGCCAUAUUCGAAAGGAACAUCACUGGGACUUGGAUUAAAUUCUCAGAGUAUCCGGCAUCAGAGCUACAGACUCUGAUAGCUCGUUUCAAGGAGUUUGAAUUUGCUUACACUGGUUCAGAAGAGACGUUCAACAAAAUGGAAACAAGUGAUAAUAACAAAGAGAAUCAGGAGAAGAGUGAGCUUGCAGCCACUGCAGUUCAGUACCUUUGGCCAAGAUAUCAACAACGAAGCCAAUGGGGAACAUGGUUGAGUUGGCGAAACUCAGGAAACGAUGAGUCCGACGACGAGUUCGACGAGGAGACUGCCGAUGAGACUACUGCUGCAUGAAUUUCUUUUAAUGCUAUUGUAGGAUUCUAAGUAUGGAUUAUUUGGGAUAUUUUGUGUCAUUUUUGGAGGAUGUUAAGACUUUUGAAUUUUGGAUGUUUGGUCGCAGCUGAUGG